UUCUCACCUUGACAUCACUUUUUUUGGAUUUGUGUUGACGUCAUAUGAGUUUGUUUGCAUCGAAUACAACAUGUCGAUGCUCGUGGGAAAUCAACAAACUUUUGAUGAAAAAUGGCCGACUAUGCAACCUAUUAUACUCAAAUUGCUGAGUCAGCAAUCAGUGACUCGACAGGAAUGGCAGGAUUUAUUUUGGGACGUUCAUUCAGUUUGUUUGUGGGACAACCAAGUUGGACCUGAAAAAGUUCACACUGCGCUUAAAACGAAUAUUUCAAACUUUAUCAAAGAAGCACAGCAGAGAAUAAAAACUCACCAUGAUGGUAAUGCAUUGCUGCGUGCUUAUAUUGUGGAGUGGCGAAAGUUCUUUGACCAAUGCGUAUACUUGCCUGAACCUUUUACUCAACUUGAGAAGUCACUCAGUGCACCGUCGAAAAAGAAGAAACAAGAACAAAACACUAUUGUUAGAAAGCUGAUGCUAGACAGCUGGAACAAGAAUAUUUUCAAGGACAUCUAUGAGCAACUGAAAGAUCGGACAAUGGAGUUAAUCAAGCAUGAAAGGGAAGGAGGGGAACUUGAUGCACAACUUGUGAUUGGAGUUCGGCAAUCUUUUGUAAACCUUUGUUCCAACCCGGACGACCCUCUUGAAAUUUAUCGGGAACAUUUUGAGAACGCUUACAUUGCUUCAACUGAAGAGCAUUAUAAGUCAGAGGCCGAGACUUACUUGGCUGAACAUGGCGUACGGAAGUAUAUGAAAUAUGCAUACCAGAAACUUCUGGAAGAAUCACAAAGAGGAACUCGGUACCUCGAAUCUUCGUCACAAACACGAUUAAACGCUCGUUGUGUUAAAGUUUUAGCCACUCAAUUCAGUGAAGCUAUUCUUGCAGAGUGUAAACUUAUGAUACGCGAAAAUGAAAUGGACCGUCUCUACCUCAUGUUCAACUUAAUGAACCGAGUACCGAAUGGAAUCGAUCCAAUGUUAGAAUGCUUGCAAGAAUACAUCGUUCAACAAGGGCUUGCUGAUAUGAAGGAAUGUUGCGAUAUUAUUACUACGGACUCUGAGAAAUACAUUGAUCUUCUUCUUUCUCUCUUCAAUCGUUUCUCGGACUUGGUGAAGAAGUCGUUCGAUGAUGACCCCAGGUUUUUAACGGCAAGGGACAAAGCGUUUGAAUGUGUGGUGAAUGAUUACUCAGUUUUUAACGUGGAGUUGCAAACACGAUCCAAACAAAAUCCAAUAAAGCUCCCACCCGAAUCCCGAUGUCCGGAACUUCUUGCAAACUUCUGUGACAUGCUGUUGAGAAAAACUCCUCUGAGUAAAAAACUCUCAUCGGAAGAAGUUGACGCGAAACUUAAAGACGUGUUGUUGGUGUUAAAGUAUGUUUCCAACAAAGAUGUUUUCAUGAGAUAUCAUAAAGCUCAUCUUACAAGGAGGCUCAUCCUCGGUACAUCUGCUGAUAGUGAAAAAGAGGAAAAUAUGGUGGAGGGGUUACGUGAGGUUGGAAUGCCUGCGGAUUUUGUGAACAAACUCGCACGGAUGUUCCAGGAUAUCAAAGUAAGCGAGGACCUCAACACGCAGUUCAAGGAGGCACGGGAGGAUAGAAGCUCGGAGCUCGCAAACAUCAAGAUCCUCAAUGCGGGAGCUUGGUCUCGGAGGUCGGAUCGGAUCCCUGUCUCCCUCCCUGCGAUCCUGGAGGACCUUAUUCCGGAUGUUGAGGAGUUUUAUAAGAGCAAGCACCAUGGGAGGAUGCUUAACUGGAAUCAUCUGAUGUCCAAUGGAGUUAUGACCUUUAAAACAGAGGUCGGGUCAUAUGACAUCGAGGUCACGACCUUUCAAAUGUCAGUGUUGCACAUCUGGAAUUCUCGGCCAACAGAAUCGAUUUCAUUUGAGAGUUUACGUCUGGCAACACAGUUACCUGACACUGAGUUACGGAAAACUUUGUGGUCACUUGUAGCGAACCCAAAGUUGAAACGACAGGUUUUACUUUGUGAACCAAAGCUAUCGUCUCCUAAAGAAUUCCAGGAGAGCUCCAUGCUCGCUGUCAACCAUCAGUUUGCUGUUAUGAAAGCCGGCAAGCCUCAAAAGCGUGGACGAGUGAAUCUGAUUGGUCGAUUGCAACUUUCAACCGACAAAUCACGUGAGGAGGAUAAUGAGGGGAUUACCCAACUUCGGAUUCUUAGAACACAAGAGGCCAUUGUGAAGAUCUUAAAGAUGAGAAAACGAAUCAACAACGCACAACUCCAAACAGAGUUAGUUGAAAUCCUCAAAAAUCUUUUCCUGCCUCAAAAAAAGCUGAUCAAACAACAAAUCGAAUGGCUUAUUGAGAACAAGUACAUGAAGCGCGAUGAUGACGACAUAAACACGUUUAUCUACAUCACAUAACUCAUUAUGACAUCACAGUCUUCAAAUCAUUUACUCAAGUUCAAAAAUCUACAUGAUAUCGCGGUCUAUCGUGCCUCACUACAAUUUUCAAAGUUCUUCACACCCGCUACUGCAUAUUUUGCUUAAAAGUUCUAUCAUCCCUUUCCUAUAGAUGCUACUACGGGAAGAAAUAGGUACAUAAUUUCCGCUAGGUGGCGGUAACUAUUUCAACUUAAAAAAAUUGGGAAAUCGCAAAAAAAAUAUCUAAUGGGUAGCGGUAACUGUUUACUUAAAUUUCGGAAAACCUCCAAAUUUCACUAAAAAGUGUAAAAAAGUAGUAGGGUGGGGGAAGAUGAGACACUCGUUCACUCUAUUUUCUUGUCUUGUUUGGUAGUAAACAAAGAACACUCAAAGAAUUAUAAAACCUUAUCCUGAUGACUUCCAUAGAGAGUUGUUAAUUGUUUAAAACACAAUCAAAAUACUUGAAUAUUAUGUGCUAAAGGUGUCCCAUCUCGCCCCACCCUACCAUACAAAAAAAAUUAAUCAAAUAAUACUUUGUACCUACUUCUACCCGUAGUGACAUUUUUUCCGUAUCUCCCUAUUAGAAGACAAGGCACAAACUUUUACACUAAAGGGCUCCAAAAAAAUGAAAAAAAUCAUAAACCUUUCACGUCGUCACCACUGUUAGUUUGAACUACAUUGAAUGUGUCUUUUUUGACUAAAAACUGACAAAAUGGUGACCUAAAAGUUCAGAUUCCUCGCUUGCAGUCUUUUUUUGUGCCUGCUCAGCUUUCUCAUGGGGGUUUCCCCGUAAUUGAUAAUCAUGGAUUUGAAAUGCUGGAGAUUUAUUUUCGUUCUGUAGGUGGAACAUUCGAAUAAUUUAUUUGUUUUUUUUGCGCUUUUUUCAUUGAAAUUUUGACGCGAUACAUUAGCGCACUGCACUUGCAAUAAACACGGAUUGUUACGUCA